UUAUGUUUUAUCUGAACAUGUGUCCAAAGUCUUCGUUGAUUUUUUGUCCAAAAGUAUAGCACAUGCAUGCGGUGGAGAAAAGUAUCAUAGCUUUCUUUUAAGCUUAAAGCAACUAUUUUAUGUUCAUAGCUGUAAAUGUGGUAGUAAUAAUACCCUUGGAGUAACUCCGCAAUCCUUGGAUACUAGAACACUUGCAAACUCGGUUAUGUGGAAAGAAGAUUCUAGAGAACCUUAGAUACUUGGAAAACAAUGCACUUGAAGGAGCCGCCUACGAACCCCGAUCAUAUGCUGACGUUUAUUAAUCAUUCCACAGAUUUCGGCAACUGAUGACUACUCUUUUGCCGAUCUUGUGGGUCGCCUUUAAGGAAAUAGCCAAAUUUAGAACGAUUCAUCACCAAUCGAAUGGUACCCGGAGUUGGAGGCGGAAGAUCGACUCAUCCAUGUCUGGGCCCUGAUCCGAGGCGUAGGGUAGUCUUCACUUUCCAUUAGGACUUUGUCGUUAGUGGUGCUCAUGUCCUGGAUGCGCAUUUAAGAUCUUGUGCACUGUCGUGAUACUUGGAAUCAUUUGUUAGGAGAAGGAACCUCAGAGUGAACUUCGAAGGCGGAAUAUGCUGUAUUUUGGUGUGAGUUGUGGUGAGGUAGACAAAGAGCUGGUUCAUGAGGGUGUUGUGAAGAAUUCUGUAUGGGAUGUGCUGUAGUGGAGGUUGGGGGAUCAGUAUGGUUUUGCCUCUGGACGGAGAGCAGUUAAAGUGUGGGAAUUCAGUUCAUUGGUGGAGUUUGAAGUAGGAGGCGCUUCGAAGUGUGUACUUGGAGGGCGAGUUUUGUUGCAAAGGAAAGUUUAGAAAGCGGACCAAUAUGUUUUGAGCUGGAAAGGAGAUUGAAAGAUUGAUGGUUAGUGAAUGUACGAGGUGGUGGUCAGCUUGUGGUGUUGAUGCCACUGGCGAUCUUUUGAGCCACUCGGUUCCAGAUUGUAGAAAAUGCGGAAGAGGAGCGUGUUGGGGUUGAUAUUAUUGGCUGGGAUUAGGACCAUCCACAACGCAGCGGCAGAUGUGUUUCGGGAUACAGUAGAAGAUUGUGGAUUAAUUCAGGAUAUUGCAAUCAUAGUCCUGGGGGAAAGGCUCCUGUAUUUUUAUACGAGGGAUUACAAUUUCCAUGAGAUUCAUUAAUUCUCAGUAUGCUUGGACGCAACGCUUUUCCUUGGAUUUUAUCUUCCCUUGUUGCGAACCUGACUGAAAUUGCUUCAAUAAUUUCCUGGGAGGUUUAGUGGUACUGAAUAAAACUCGAAUGGGAUGAGUUGGAUGUAGUUGGAAGAGUUCUUCUUCGAUAAAUAUUGCGGCUAAUGCUUUCUUUAGGCAGAGAAGGAACAAUUCGAAAGAGUGAGCAACUAUGCGCUCUGGAGCUGCAGCAGUGCAGAACACUUUGUCACUGCCUGCGCAACAGGUUCUGCGCCAGGCUAUCAGUGCUGCGCGUGAGCGUGGGCAUGCACAAGUCCAGCCUUUGCAUGUAGCCUUUGUGCUGCUGGCUCAUGGAGAUCCCGUGCUACGCCAGGCAUGUGCUGAUACGCAUUCUCAGACCUUGCACGGGCUGCAUCAAUGCCACGCUUUAGAGCUAUGUUUUAAUGUUGCCCUUGACCGGCUUCAGCAAUGCUCCUCCUCAGGCAGCACUGUGAAUCUUUUGGGGCUAUCAAAUGCCCUGGUUGCGGCGCUGAAGCGUGCCCAAGCACAGCAAAAGCGAGGAUGCCCCGACCAACAGCAAGCGCCGUUGGUAAUGAAAGUCGAGUUAGAAAUGGUCAUCAUUUCCAUCUUAGAGGAUCCUAGCGUCAGCAGGGUUAUGGAGGAGGCGGGAUUCUUUAGUCAACAGGUGAAAACCAACAUCGAAAAUGCUAUGAGUCUGUCAGCUUUGUCGCAGCAAAGCAAUGUGAACCACCUUAGUCAGAGGCUUUCUGCUUCAGCUGGACCUUUCGGGAAUCAACCGCUGGUGAUCUUGGAACGACCUCUGUUCCCUACCAGAGAAGAUUCAAAUUCAAGAUCAUCAGAAGGAAACGCACCUACUCAAGAGUUGAAGCUUCCUUUUUGUAGUAAUGCAGGAGCAUCUUUACCAAUUUCAUCGUUGGUAUCAACCACGCCAGGGAGCACCGAAGUUCCAAAAUUGAUUUGUUGCUCAGAGUGCACGGAUCAUUUUAAUAUGGAAUAUAAUCAAAUACGAGUACAAGAAAGUGCUAAAGCGUCAACCGUUCGAAAACAAAGCAGUACAGAAGAUGAAGUGGUGGUCUCUUCUUUACCCUCUUGGCUUCAAAAAGGAAAGGACAUGAAAACUGAGCAGGAGAGGCACCAUUCGCUUUCACAGAGAAUACAAGAGCUCCGUCGUAAAUGGCAAUUUGUUUGCAGUAACUCACACUCAGAAAGAUGCAUCACUAUGGACUCUUCGCCAGCUAGAGAUAGGGGACUUGGUCCGCCAUCUCAUAACUGGAUGAAAGCUAGCAUCCUUAACAAUGCUAACAAUUCUGUGUUGAUGGCGGCAAAUCCUACUCCCCUCCAAUCUAAGGAUAUGGCAUUGUCUUCAGCACUUCAACCAAGCCUGCCGUCUCCUCUUCCUUUCUGGGAUAGCGGUUUUACUUCAGUUGCAAUGCCAAAUGGUCCGUUGAAUGGUAUCAUCGGUACGUCUGGUUCUGAAUUGUCGCGGGUGGAGACCAUGGAGAAGCAAGUUGAAAGUUUUCAUGAUAAGGAGGAAGUUUUGCAGCAAGGGGGACAAAUAUCACCCGAAUAUAUGGGACCUGUGCCCAGCCCUCGCCCUGUAUCGAAACCGAUUACUUCUUUGCCGAGUGGAGGACUUGUGCCAAUCCAAAAUCCUUUAUCAAAAGCGAAUGCUUCUCUGUCAAGCACAAGACCAAGCCCCUUGUCAAGAUUGAAAGCUUCUUUUCCGAAGCCCUCUGUUGCUGCAUGUCCUCUUAAAGAGAAUAUUUUGCCCAAACCAAGUCCUUUAUCAGCACUUAAAACCUCAAAUGUCUCUCCUAAUCCAGCAUCGAUGGUGAAAUCGCCUCCUAGUCUUGCGCAAAAGAUUGCUGAUAAGCCUCCACUGAGCCAACUGGUUGAUAUUUCGGCAAAAAUUGAUCAACAUUCUGUCUUCUUCGAUCACAAGACUGCUGACCGGCUUAAGUAUGUACACAAAGGUUUGAUGGAGAAGGUUGUGUGGCAGGGCAAGGCUAUUUCUACAAUUUCAACCUUCAUAGUGAAUGCACAAACCGGAAGAGGUGAGUUGCGGGGUGGUGCUGCCAAAGCUGGCACAUGGUUACUUCUGUUGGGACCUGAUCAAGUCGGAAAGAGGCUUAUUGCAGGCGCUCUUGCUGAGCUUGUAGUUGGGGUUGCUGCAAAGCCAAUCUAUUUCGGAGAUUUGGGAUACUCAAGAUGGGGUAGAAAAGUUGAAGAGAUCGAUGGCAUGCAGUACAGAGGGCGUACAGCAGUGGAUUCUAUUGCUGAUGCUCUCAGAGCGAAACCUCUUUCUGUACUGUUACUUGAGGAUAUUGAUCAAGCCGUCUCUGUGAUCCGAACAAAAUUAAUGAGGGCUAUGGUGACUGGAAAGUUUUCUGAUUCAAACGGUGGGCAUGUUAGUGUGGGUAACUCUAUAAUAAUAAUGACUUCAAGAUUGGGAGCAAAUUCUAACUUAGGAAAAGGGAAAGAGAACAUCUUUUCUGAAGGAAGGUUGGCUUCCAUGCAUGGUGCAAGAAUGUCCCUACUCCUUCAGCCACCUAGAGAGAAAGAAAUUGUUUUGCAAGGGGAUAUGGACAUUAGUGUUGUCAGGGAUACGAUACGUACUUCAGCCUUAGAGAAUCCUGCGAAUCCAAUGUCUGGAGGGAUGGUUUUGAAAAGAAAAGCUAGCGGGUUUUUGAGUAGGGCUCUGCUUGGCGUCAAACGGAAGAAAGUAUCGACCCCAUUCGGACGUAUUGUCGCCCUGGACUUAAACCUCUCUGCUGAGGAGAACGAAGCUGUCCUGGCAGAAACGGUGACAAGUCAUGAAGAAAUUGCCACCAAUAUAGGCGUCUCUGAUCCAGUACUUCGUGCUGUUCAAGAGGUGUUGUCUCCGAAGUUUUGCUCUCUGGUGGACGAGACGGUGAUGUUUGAGCCUUUUGACUUGAUGGGGCUAGCAAACUGGAUAUUGUUACAAUUAUCUAGAGCAUGCUCAGGCCUAGUACCAAAAUUUUGUACUAGGAUUGAGGUUGAUUUUCAGAUAUUGGAGCACAUCGUUUCAACUACCUGGCGAACACCUGGUGGUCGCCAAGCAUUUGAGGGUUGGGUCGAAGAUAAACUCAAAUCUUGCCUGAAGGCAGUUACGGCCAACUCAAGUGUAUCAGAAGAUAGAGUACUGAGAUUCGCUUAUGAGGGUUGUUUCUCAAAGGAGCUGUGCUUAGGUUCUGAGCUACCUCUUCAAAUUGAAGUUGCCUGCAGUUAAAGUUUUCCUUUUCUUCUUCUUUUCUAUUGUUGGGUACAUAGUAAUGAUAAUUUUAAAUAUUAUUUACCAGCUUUAAAAUUUGUCGAGUUCAAUCAUGUAAGCAUAGAGUGUUUAGGGAACUUCGCAGCGUGUUUUCCCGCUGUUGUUUAGUGAAGUUAGGGUACGUUAAUAACGUGACACCCAGUGUGCGUACCUGAAGGGUUGGAAGGUGUUAAAUUCACAGCGACCCCUACAGAAACGACAUAAGAUUGUACAAUACUUUGAGGCAUUUGACCAUUUUCAGCUAUUUUACGCCCUA